GAUCCAAUAUCAUCAGAGGACUGCUCUGGUCUCUGGGUGUGAAUCUUUUUCUCUUUGCUGUCUUUGUGUUGUCUAGUGCUGAACUUUUACGGUUUACUGCUCUGUUUUGCCACUCUCCUUCUAGGGUUUGCUUAAUGUGAAAAGGACUUCUCUUUUUCUCCACUAAAAGCCACUUGGGUGUGCUCUUUUUGCUUCAAAGUUGUGAUCUUUCUUGAGGGGAAGGGAAAACAAGAAAAGGGUUUUUUGUUCAGACAAAGAAAUGUAUGCAGAGACUGGCUUAAUGUUCCCUUAUUAUUAUCAGAGUUUCUCACCAGAUAUUCAACAAUUUGAUGAUUUCUAUUCCUCCCAGAAAUCCUUUGCAUGCUUGGGUAGUGUGGUUCAGAGCUCUUCGAUUUCAGAUUAUGAUCUUGGGGGUGAAGGGGAUCUUUUCAAAGCUCCAGUGCCAAUAAUUGAGCAACCAUUGGUUACCCUUAACCCCAUGACAGCAGCCAUGUCGAUGAUCUCUUGUGGAGAAGACAACAUUUCCCCACAAGAACUCAGUGUUACAGUUAUUGAAUCACUUCAAAACGAAGAAUUUCUGACUGAUGUUUUCCAUGAAUAUAAAGAUAUCAUGGCAAAAGAAGCCGCAACAGAAACAUCACCCCUCUCAGAGGUCGUGAAUUAUAAAUUCUCUUUUAAAACAGAUGACAACUCCAUUGAUAAAGAAAAUGGACAAAUCUUCAAAAGCAUGAGCUCAGACUGUCUAAGCUCGAUGGAAUGUAGUCAUGGGGGUCAAGUUAAGCCUAGCUUUCCAACUAUUACUGAAGUGGACUUUGGGAAUGCUUGUGGAAUGCGAAGGGCGUUCAGUGAAGGAGACAUAAAGACUCUAGGUAACUGCAAUGGAAGCUUUAGACAUUCAUCUGGUGGGCACCCACAACUCAUCAAUGAACACACCACCAGCAACGAAGACCGCUGGCAGAAGCUGUCAAGAUACAGGAACAAGAAGACAAAGAGGAAUUUUGGUAGAAAAAUCAAGUAUGCAUGCAGGAAGGCAUUGGCAGACAGCCAACCAAGGAUUAGGGGAAGGUUUGCCAAGACAGAAGAAAGUGAAAUCUUGAGAAAGUAAUGAAUGUAGAAAAAGUAAUGACAAUGAAGAUGUAGAAGAAACACAUAGGAUAUGAAUAUGAAAGCAGGUUUUGCUAAAUAAGCUUUUUUAUUUUAUUUUUGUGGUAUUAUGCUGUUAUUAGAUGUAAUAAUGUUUCUAGUUCUUGUACAUCCCAUUCCCAUAUGCUGAACCCUUGUUGUAUACAACUAUGUUCUUGAAAUUCUACUUCUAGUUUUAUUU